GGGCGUUCUUAACAUAAACCAAUCCAAUGGCGAUUCUCUGUUAUCCUUCAACCGGGCGCAAUGUUUACAAAGUACGUUUCUUCUUCGCCGAUGCGAAAAAGCUCUCCUCAAAUGUACAGAACUCAAAAAAUAGCUUUCUCUAUUGCCAGGAACUAGUAAGGAAACACGAUUAUGAAAAUUUCAUAGCCACUCUUCUGCUUCCACCUGGACCACGACAGUCGACGAUCGCCGUAAGAGCCUUCAACGUAUCCGUGGCUCAGGUUCAGGAUCAAGUUUCUCAAGGUUUAAUUGGCCAAAUGAGAAUGAAAUUCUGGUCAGACACGUUAGAAGCUAUAUACCAAGAUGCUCCACCAGCACAGCUAGUUGCUCUGCAGCUUCAUGAAGCUGUUCGCCAACAUAAACUGUCCAAAAGGUGGUUCCAGAGAUUGAUCUCAAGUCGUGAAAACCACUUGUCUUCCAAAUCUUUUCAAUCUCUCUCAAAUUUAGAGGAUUAUGCAGAGCAUUCUGCUUCUUCUAUCCUCUACCUUACGCUGGAAUCCCUAAAUGUCCGAACAAUUGAGAGUGAUCAUGCAGCUAGUCAUAUUGGAAGAGCUCAAGGUAUAGUGACAUUCCUACGAGCAAUUCCCUACAACUCAAGAAGACAACAAGUCUAUGUACCAAUUGACUUUUUAGUGCAACAUAAAGUUUCACAAAAUGACAUCCUGAAAGGAAUUGAUGAUAAAAGAAUGAAAGAUUUAAUAUUUGAUGUAGCAAGUUCAGCCAAUGCUCACAUUGAGAAGGCCAAAACAAUAAUGCCAAAAAUGAGUUCAGAGGCUAGACUGGCGCUAAUACCAUUACUAAGCGUAGUUUCGUACCUAGAGCAAUUGAGGAAAGUGGAUUUUAAUGUUUUCGAUUCGCGACUAUCUCAGCGGAACCCUCUUCUUCCUUGGAAAAUGUGGUGGAAUAAGUUCAGGGGUAAAAUAUAGUAUUUAAGUUUUUUCCCCUACAUUUUCAGCCUUCUUGUUGUGUAUAUGAUUUAUUAAACAAGAUAAAAAAUAAAAAAAAGAAGUGUGAAAUCAA